AUGAAGAGAAAUCGUUCGGGUGCAGAAGUUAGGAGAAUUAAAAAACAAAAAGGACUACAAGAAAGUGCCAGAGGGUACCAGUCAAUCUUGAAUCUCUUCGGGAAAAAGAAAGAACAAAUCAAAUCAAAUGAAGGACCAUCAACUUCCCAUGAAGGACAAUCUGCAGAACAAACUCAUGAAAGCUCUCAAGCAUUACAUGAAAUUCACCCGACUACAUCUUCUGAAUCUGUUCAACGUGAGGAAAGCCUGUCAGGUGAAGAUACCGAGCCCCUACUACAUCCUCCCCAUUCGCCCCCAGACUCGCCCAUGCAGAUUGAUCAGUCCUCGGAUUCUGACGCAGAAAUGGUAGAAGACAGGCCAAAGACUCCUCCAGAAAAGGCAGAAGCUCAACAUCCGCCAAUUGAGGGAAAUAAACUGCGCUCUUACCCAAAUCAACCCACAACAUGCGAUUUCAAGAAAGAUAAUGGGAGAAGAUUUCGAAUUGAAUGGUACAAGACACAUCCUUGGAUUGAAUGGGACAGUGAAGCAAAUGACGGAAAUGGUGCCGCUUUCUGCCACAUUUGUCGACAAGCAAACCUUCAGCACGUCCCCAGUACAGGUAGAGGUAAAUGUGAGGAGAGCUUCAGUAAACGUGGUUUCACAAACUGGAAAAACGCAACCAAGAAAUUUCUCAAGCAUGAAAAGAGUGAAGUUCAUCGACUGAUGGUCUACAAAAUGAAUAGACUAUGGCAGGGUGAAAACAUCGCUGACAAGUUGAAUACCCAAGCACAGGAAGAAAGAAAACAAAAUUCUCAGUACCUUCACACUAUUUUCACAACUUUGAAAUAUCUGGCGAAACAAGGGCUGCCGACCAGAGGACACACAGAUCAGAAUAGCAACUUCGUCGGUCUUCUCAACCUGCGAUGCAAAGAUGUCGAGGGCCUAGAUAAGUGGUUGGCCAGGAAGACCUCUUGGACCUCUCAUGAAAUUCAAGAGGAAAUGAUCGACUUGAUGUCGAAAACCCUGAUGCGUCAACUUGCUGCUGACAUGAACGGGAAGCCAUUUGCAAUAUUGGCAGACCAAACGUCUGAUGUUUCGAAGAUGGAGCAACUAUGCAUUUGCAUUCGUACAGCAACAGAAGAAUUAGCGGUGGAAGAAAGGGUUAUUGGACUGCAUGCCAUGGAUAAGUGUGAUUCAGAGACGGUGUUCAAAACCAUCAAAGAUGUCCUUCUUAGGUACAAUCUGCCGCUCACUCUCUGUCGCGCAGCAAGUUUCGACGGAGCUGCUACCUUUCAAGGCAAACAGAAUGGCGUAGCAGUGAGAUUACAGCAAGAAGAAGGAAGAAUCACGUCUACACACUGCUAUAUGCAUUGCAUCAAUCUUGCUGUCCAAGACAUGGUCAAGCAUGUACCAAAGUUGAGGAACUUCCUCACCACUGUCACAGAUAUGAUCAACUUCCUCCGCGACUCACCAAAAAGAGUCGCAAUAGUAAAAUCUGUGGCAGAGGCACUUGGCUGCAAACAAACCCACAUCAGACCACUAUGUCCGACCCGCUUCACCAUAAAGUACAAGUCGCUUAACAGUCUUAAAGAGCAACUGCAAGCCGUCAAGGAUGCUCUAGUCGCUAUCGAGGACUGUGCAAGCAAUAGGGACAUACAGUCAAGGGCGGAUGGAUUCUUGAGAGUUAUUUCGACCUUCGAGUUCACAAUUUGCCUUCUCAUGAGUCUUGCCAUAUUCGAGGUGAGUGACAGACUCAGCACGGCGCUUCAAGGAUCGCAAGUUUCAGCUGGGCAAGGGACAAGACUAACGCAGUCAGCAAUUGUGCAACUCAGCAAGAUGAGAAGGGAAGAAUUCUUCGAUCAGGUUUGGCAGCGAACAGCAACAUUUGCCGAACAACACAGCCAAGAUGAGCCGGACCUUCCUCGCCAAUCAAGAGCUCCACGUCGAUACCAGAGGACAGACGCACACGUCUUCGAGACCCCCAAAGAAAUGUACAGGAGCGUUUGGUUCGAAGCCUUGGAUCUUGUGGUAUCGGGGCUCCAGGAAAGGGUGUCAUCGAAGGUCAAUGGAAUGUGUUGUCAACCAUUUUGGGGACGAUCUCGAUGGACCUCGGCUAGAAGCCCAGCUUCAAGUAUACUCGAGAAUCUGAAGGAAACCAGCGGGGAACCAGGAUCGAACCUGUCAGUGGACAAGAUCAUCAGCGCCAUCUCAAGGUCGGGAAUGCAGAAAAUGAUACCGCAGGUUGUGAAACUAUGCAAGCUGUAUCUCGUACAUCCCGCCACAACAGCAACGGCAGAGCGUUCUUCCAGUACACUUCGAAGGGUCAAAACCUACCUGAGAUCUACAAUGUCACAGGCACGAUUGAAUUCUCUCCUGCUUCUCAACGUGUACAGAGAACAAGUAGAAUCAAUGAACAUAACAGAACUCGUGAAUGAAUUCAUAUCACGUGUUGACAGCAAGAGAAAGAACGCAUUCGCUAUCAUAAAGUAA